AUGGCAGAAGCCAGAUUUUCUCAGGAUGAGUUCUUGUGUGCAGUGUGUCUGGAUCUCCUGAAGGAUCCAGUGACCACUUCCUGUGGACACAGUUACUGUAAGAGCUGUAUUACAGACUGCUGGGAUCAGGAGGAUCAGAUGAGAGUCUACAGCUGCCCUCAGUGCAGACAGACCUUCAGUCCAAGACCUGCUUUAGCUAAAAACACCAUGCUGGCUGAAGUGGUGGAGAAACUGAAGAAGACUAACCUUCCUGCUGACUGUGACGCUGGAGCUGGAGAUGUGCAGUGUGACGUCUGUACUGGACGAAAAAACAAAGCCGUCAAGUCCUGUCUGGUGUGUCUGAACUCUUACUGUCAGAAUCACCUCGAACAACAUGAGAGUUUCUUUAGAGUAAAGAGACACAAUUUGACCGAAGCCACUGGACGACUGCAGGAGAUGAUCUGCCAGAAACAUGACAAGCUCCUUGAGGUUUUCUGUCUCACUGACCACAAAUAUAUAUGCGUGCUGUGUGCAAUAGAUGAACAUAAAAACCACCACACUGUAUCAGCUGCAGCACAGAGGACUGAGAAACAGAAGCAGCUGAAGGAGACGCAGAGGAGGUUCCAGCAGAGAAUCCAACAGAGAGAGAAAGAUCUUCAGCAGCUGAGAGAGGCUGUGGAGUCUCAUAAGCGCUCUGCACAGACAGCAGUGGAGGACAGUGAGAGGAUCUUUACUGAACUCAUCCGCUCCAUUGAGAGGCGCCGCUCUGAGGUGACACAGCGGAUCAGAGAUCAGGAGAAGGCUGCAGUGAGUCGAGCUGAAGGACGACUGGAGCGACUGAAACAGGAGAUCAAUGAUCUGAGGAGGAGAGACGCUGAGCUGGAGCAGCUUUCACACACACAGGAUCACAGCCAGUUCUUGCAGAGAUUUAAGUCCGUCUCAGCACCUCCUGAAUCUACAGAUGAACCCAUCGUUCCUUUCAGUUCUCUCUUCUCUUUUGAUGGUGUGAGAGAAUCUGUCCGUCAGCUGAGAGACAAACUGGAGGAUUUCUGCAAAGAGGAGCUCAAGAAGCUCUCAGACACAGUCACUUCCACCAACAUUGUUCCCAGGACCAGGAACGACUUCCUACAAUAUUCCCAUCAGCUCACACUGGAUACAAGCUCAGUGAAUAAAUACCUCUGUCUGUCUGAGAGGAACAGAGUGAUUACAUGCACUGACACAGAGCAGCUUUAUCGUAAUCAUCCAGACAGAUUUGAAGUGUCUCAGGUGUUGUGCAGAGAGAGAGUGUGUGGACGCUGUUACUGGGAGAUUGAGUGGAGAGGUGUUGAGGUGUUUAUAUCAGUGUCAUAUAAGAGCAUCAGCAGGAAGGGUGAUGAGUGUGUGUUUGGAUUUAAUGAUCAGUCCUGGAGUUUGUGCUGCUCUAAAUCCAGUUACACAUUCACACACAAUAAGACAGAGACUGUUCUCCCUGUGAAGCCCAUCAGCAGGAGAACAGGAGUGUAUGGUGAUAAUGUCAGGAGAAUAGGAGUGUUUGUGGAUCACAGUGCAGGAACUCUGUCCUUCUACAGCGUCUCUGACACAACAAUGAGCCUCAUCCACACAGUCCAGACCACAUUCACUCAGCCGCUCUAUCCUGGGUUUAGGGUUUAUUAUAAAUCAUCAGCGAAACUGUGUUGA